GUGAAAAAUGCGUUCAAUAGUGUUAGCUGGGAUUCCAUAGCCCACUCGCUUCGGAAACUAGACAUUCCGGUGUCUUUGUACAGGAUUCUGGAAAAUUAUUUCCAGAAUCGUGUGCUAGUUUACAGCACAGACGAGGGUCAAAAAUGUGUCCCAAUUACCGCAGGGGUUCCACAAGGUUCCAUCCUGGGCCCGGUACUGUGGAAUAUCAUGUACGAUGAAGUGCUGAAACUAAAGCUCCCCCAAGGGGUUGUGAUCGUUGGAUUUGCGGACGACAUCACACUUGAGGUCUACGGCGAGUCGAUCGAGGAGGUUGAGUUGACGGCUUCGCACUCUAUAAGCGUCGUCGAGGACUGGAUGCGCUCCAAAAAACUGGAGCUGGCGCAUCAUAAGACGGAGAUUUCAGUUGUCAAUAACCGCAAGUCGAAGCAACAGGCGUUGAUCAGUGUCGGGAAUUGCACCAUCGCCUCUAAGCGCUCCCUGAAGCUGCUGGGGGUGAUGAUCGAUGACAAGCUCGCCUUCGGGAGCCAUGUCGAAUAUGCCUGCAAGAAGGCUUUAAUGGCUAUUGCAGCAUUAUCUCGCAUGAUGUCCAAUAGCUCAGCAGUGUACGGCAGCAAGCGGAAACUUCUAGCUAGCGUGACUUCGUCCAUACUGAGAUAUGGCGGGCCAGUGUGGUCCAAAGCACUAGGUACUAGUAAACAUCGGAGUAAGUUGGAAAGUACCUACAGGCUCAUGUGCCUGAGGGUUGCGAGCGCGUAUCGAACUGUGUCAUACGACGCAAUCUGCGUCCUGUCCGGCAUGUUGCCUAUCAGCAUAGCCAUUAAGGAGGACGUAGAAUGCUUCGAUCAACGUGACACAAGGGGCAUACGAGGUACCAGAAGAUCAUUCUCGAUGAUCAGAUGGCAGCAGGAGUGGUCCAAUUCCACGAAGGGUAGAUGGACGCAUCGACUUAUUCCGGAUGUAUCCGGAUGGGUCGGGAGGCGCCAUGGAGAAGUGAACUUCCAUCUGACACAGAUUCUGUCAGGCCAUGGUUGCUUUAGGCAGUAUCUACACAGAUUCGGGCAUGCGGGGUCCCCCAUGUGUCCCGAGUGCGCGGAUGCGGAAGAGACUGCUGAGCAUGUCUUCUUCGUGUGCCCUCGUUUUGUGCAUGCGCGGAGCGACAUGAUGGUAGUGAGCGGGCCAGACACCACUCCGGACAACCUAGUUCGGAGGAUGUGUAAAGACCCAAACAUUUGGAGGGCGGUUUGUACAGCCGCCUCUCAAAUAGUUUUAGAAUUGCAAAACAGGCGACAGGUUGACCACCGACACGCCAGUGUUAGCUAACGGCCAGUCUCCAGGUUAGUUAGCUAAGUUAGCAAAAAGACCUAAAGAACCAAGAGGGUGCACAGAGCACAAAAGCCGCUCCCCGAAGCAAUACCUAGCGGUGGUCCCGGGGAGUAUUAUGGGCUGGAGACUGAAGGGGUUUUAGUGGGUCCGGUCACUGAUUCAAACCAACCCCACACUCCCUGAGGUUGGUCACCUCAGGGGUUUGGAUGCAAAUUUCCCCUUCACCUGAAAAAAAAAAAAAAAAACGUAUUAUAUAAAAAAAUGGAUAAAGAAAUUCAGGAACAAUGGGAAUCAAAGUUGAGUCUAGGUGAGAUGCCUGUUUUUAAAAGUUUCAUGGAUUUUUUGAAAGACAAAGGCCGCAUUUUACAACGAGCUGAUCGUUCCCACCAGCUUACUCCACAGAUUUCAAUUAGACAUCGCCAGGUAUUAAACCAGAAAUUACCGAUAUCUUCACGAUCUUUUGUUCAGGCGACUUCAGAGAAUUGUCCAUGUUGCAACGAAGAACACUCCUUUACCAGUGCACGAAAUUUUACGCGCUUAGUGUUGAGGAACGCAAAACUUUCGUCAUGAAGGCCAUCUUGUGUUUAAAUUGUUUAAACUCUAAACAUCGCAUCGCCGACUGUCCAUCUGAUCAAGUAUGCAAGGUCCGUGGGUGUGGUCGAAGACAUCAUAGUAUGCUGCAUCCCACUAAUGCUCAAAAGGAGUCCAUUGAAACUAAGCAAAUUUCUAAAUCAGAAGACUCGGAUGAAGAACCCGAACCAGCAACUGCAAUCGCAAUGUGCACGUCCAUUGGCACCACUGCGCGUCAAGUACUAUUGUCCACAGCGGAAGUAUUAGUCGUUGGAAAAGAAUUCAUAUUAAGUCUCGCGCUUUGUUGGAUUCGGGAUCAGACAGCAACAUUGUUACAGAAAAGCUAGCAGCAAAAUUGAAUAUAAAAUUAAAGCAAAUCGAUCUUCCUGUCAGUGGGUUAAAUGAUAUUCAGACACGAGUUAAAUAUCUCAUCAGCACAAGAUUCAUGUCUCGCAAAAAUUCCUUUACAUCACCAGUUCUUGAUUUUCUAAUUGUUCCGAAGAUAACAUCUAACAUAACAAUCAAGGAAGUAAACAAGCAGUCUUUGAUUUUACCAAACAAUAUUAAGUUGCAGAUCCAUCGUUUCAUAAGCCUGGUGAAAUAGAUCUUAUAAUAGGUAACGAAAUAUUUUUCGAUCUGAUUGAGCAAGGUCGUUUAAAGUUAUGCAAUGGUAGUACAACAUUGACAGAGACGAAAUUGGGAUGGGUUUUUGCUGGAUCGAAUCCAAUUACAAACUCAGCUAGAACAAUAUCAGUAUGCCCAUUUAACCGCCAAGACGAGAUACUGAACGAAACGCUGCUGAAGUUUUGGGGAAUAGAAAAUAUAAACUUGGAUUCGAAGAUGACUGAAGCAUUGGUUGAAAAUCAUUUCGCAAAUACUCAUGAAAGAAAGUGCAACGAACGUUAUACGGUACGCUUGCCGUUCAAUGAACUCCGGAGUCAAUUAGGAAAUUCGUAUGCUAUGGCUAGUCGACGAUUGGAUAAAUUAUUGAUUUCUUUAGCGACAAAUGCUGUCAAACGAGAAUGUUAUUUUGCAUUCAUGGCCGAGUAUUUAUCUCUUGACCAUAUGGAAGAGUCCGACCAAGAUAAUAGAGAGGGUUAUUUCAUACCACAUCAUGCCGUUUUCAAAGAAACGAGUUCCACGACAAAGAUGCGCGUGGUAUUUGAUGCCUCAGCAAAAACAACCUCUGGAUUAUCUCUCAAUGACAUUGUUCGUGUGGGCCCAACUGUACAAAACGAUCUGCAGACAGUCAUCUUACGCUUUUGCUCCCAUCCGGUUGUGCUAACAGCAGACAUACGUAAAAUGUACCGACAAGUAUGGAUAAACAAGGAUGAUCGCAAAUUUCAGAAAGUCAUAUGGAUGGAUAACAAGGGUGUGCGUAAAAUAUUCGAACUGAAAACAGUAACGCAUGGAGUGGCCAGUUCGCCAUACCAUGCAACCAAAGCACUAAUUCAGUUGACGAUAGAUGAAGGUAAAGAUUUUUCGUUAGCGGAACAAGUUAUCCGAUAUGACAGUUACAUCGAUGAUUUUUUGACUGGUGGCGGAUCUUCUGAAGAAGUCAUCAGAAUUUAUAAUGCGUUAUCAUCGCUGCUAAAACGAGGAGGAUUUGAAGUUCAUAAAUUUUGCUCAAACGAUCCGAAAGUGCUGAAUGAAAUUCCAGAAGAUCUACAGGAGAAAUGUAUUAGUUUUAAAGAAACUGGAAUAGAAAACACCGUAUGUGCUUUGGGACUGAUCUGGAAUUCCAUUGACGAUUUUUUUACUUUUGAUGUUGAAUCAUCGUCAAGAGAAAUAACUUCAUCCACGAAACGUAUGGUGCUAUCGGAUAUCGGUCGAUUAUUCGACCCUCUAUGUUUUUCAGGACCGAUAAUAACAAGAACCAAACUAAUAAUGCAACAAAUAUGGCGCCUCGGCUUGAAAUGGGAUGAUGAGCUCCGAGGGGAUCUGCUCCAGGAGUGGAUUCGAUUUAAAAGUCAACUACCAGUUGUAAACCAGAUAAAAAAAGCAACGCUGUAUUAUUCCAAACAACACGAUACGAAUUGAGUUGCAUGGUUUUUCAGAUGCGUCUACAAAGGCUUAUGGAGCAGUGAUUUAUACAAGAUGCAUCAUAGCGGACGGUACAAUUAGUGUACACCUGGUGGCAAGUAAAUCUUGUGUAGCUCCAAUAAAACCAUCUACAAUUCCUCUUCUUGAAUUGUGUGGAGCGAAAUUAUUGGCUGAGUUAACAAAAAAGGUAAUUACGUCGAUGGAUGUACAUUUUGAUGAAGUCAGAUUGUGGAGUGAUAGCUCCAUUGUUUUGUGUUGGUUGAAAAAAUCCCCAGAAGCACUUAACCAAUUUGUGUCAAUUCGUGUAGCCUUACUUGUGGAGCUGACUCAGGAAUACCAAUGGGAAUACAUUCGGUCUGAAAGCAAUCCUGCUGAUGUUAUAUCCAGAGGUACUGCUCCAGAUGAUUUACUAGCAAACAAUUUAUGGUGGAGCGGCCCUCAACACUUACAGCAAUUAAUUCCACAUGCUGAUGUAACAGAAGAGACAGAUAAUUUACCUGAGCUGAAACAGGCAACAGUAUUAGCAAUCAUUUUGGACAAUUCGGUAACCAAAUUAGGCCGUAUGAGUAACUUUCGGAAAUUGCAACGAGCAUGGGUGUAUGUUUUAAGAUUUAUUGAUUUUGUAAUGCAUCAUAAACGUGACUUCACUGUAAUUUGUGCUGAUGAACUUGCCAAUGGAGAAAGAACAUUAUUAUAUGUGCUUCAAAGGGAAGUGUUUAGUGACUUGUUUAAACAUUUAACCACAGGAUCAACCAAACAUGGGUUGGCGAAUUUAGCACCUUUCUUAGGCCAAGAUGGCCUUAUUCGAGUAGGCGGACGGUCGAAACAUUCCGCUAUACCGUACGACGGAAAGCAUCAAGUGCUUCUCCCGGAAAGACACCAUAUUACGGAAGUGAUAAUCCGGAAACUACAUGAAGAGAAUCAUCAUGUCGGGCAAGGAGGAUAACUAGCUAUAGUUCGUGAACAUUAUUGGCCGCUGCGCGAAAAAUCGUCUAUUAAACGAAUCAUCUCCCGAUGUCAAAUUUGCGCUAAAUACCGUCCUACUCUUGGGUCGGUCUGGAUUAUGCAGGACCAUUUCUGUUGAAACCUGAGACUCGGAGCAAAAAAACAUUUAAAUCGUAUGUUAUUGUUUUUGUUUGCAUGGCAGUAAAGGUCUUGCAUUUUGAAUUAGUUACAAACCUAUCGACGGAUAAUUUUAUUGCUGCCUUGCAUCGCUUUGUGAGCAGCCGAGGUCUUCCCUCUCACGUGUAUUCCGAUAACGGACAUCAUUUGUUGGAGCAAAUCAUGAAUUAGCAGCUUUACGAGAGUUUUUCAACAAUCAAUAUCAUGGUCUGAAAUAAGAUGAAUUUUGUGCCUUGAAGGGAAUAAUGUGGCAUUUUAUUCCACCAAGAAGUCCACAUUUUGGUGGAAAUUGGGAAGCUGGAGUGAAGUCGCUAAAAUAUCACAUGAAACGAGUUAUUGGUGAGACACGAUUGACAACAGAGGAAAUGAAUACCUUUCUGGCUAAAACGGAAUCAAUUCUUAAUUCUCGUCCUUUAUUUGCGUUGUCAGAAGACCCAAAUGAUAUGUCGUUAUUAACCCCGUCGCAUUUUUUGA